AUGUCAGUCGGGACAUCCCACGUUGCUGGGCUACGGCGUUCGAUUACCGAAACUGGGCCGCGACCUUGGGACCUCCAGAUGGUGUUAGUCUCGGAGGUCGUUCACCGAUUUCUGGAGCCUUGCCUGUCAAAUCAUGAAAGAAUCGGAGGAGCAACAAUCCCCCGCAGAGGCGGACAGGUGCUCGCUUCGUGUCACCCAGUAAUCAACUGGGCUUACGACGAGUCAACCUUAAAACCCCGUAACAUAACCACCAACUCUUCCCUCUCGGCUGUAGGUGGUGUCAGCCGUCAAAGCCGAGCUCGCAUUCCGGAAGUGGGAUGCCAGACCGUCACCACCCUGCUGGGUGAUCGACACUUCAAGGCCAGAGAGACCCAGUCCUCCGAAGUGGCCUCAAGGAGGCGAACUCUUCCAAGAAAAUUUACGAGCAUAAUGAAAGCCAUGAAUCCACCCUGUUUAAUGGCAAAUAAGAUUGAGGGUUUUCCGGCUGCUAUUUUCGGGGAUUGGGGGAUGCCCGCCCUCGUUUUGCGGCUGAGGAUAGGAUCCCUGUUUGGUCUGGAUUAUAUGGAAGCCGGCAUGAGAGAGUGGCUAAAGUAAUGUUCCAUUCAAGUUAGAAACGAAAGGAUAGCAGCGUCAUAUUUUUGCCGUGGUGGGGCGAGGAUUGGAUUGAUGCGAGGAAGGUGUUGAGAUACACGUAUUAUUAUUGUUGUUGGGGGCGGCCAUCCACGCGGUCAAGCCAGUUUAGCGGCCAACUGUUAGGGCUGAUUAUUC